AUGUGGGGAGACUUUUCAAGAGGAAAUGAUUCUGCUGCCGGUGGCUUCUUAAACACCACAGCUAAUCAAGAAACCACUGAAAACAAAGGGGGUGUUAAAAGAUCUCAAAAUGUUGUACCAGUGGUAAUCCAACAAAUUAGAAACUGUAAAGAUGAAGAUUUCACAUUAUUUGGAACACCAGUUCAAAUCAUUAAGUUGGUUGGAAUUUUAAGAAGUGUUGAAAUCUUAUCCACAAAAGCUACUUAUACUAUAGAAGAUAGCACAGGUUCUGUUAAAGCCAUCCUGUGGUUGGAAAAUGAUGGAGAUGCUGCUACAAAUUUACCAAGCGUUAAAGAAGACAGCUAUGUUCAAGUUUUUGGAUCUCUUAGAAAUCAAGAUAAUGAAAAAAUGAUUAUGGUUCUUAGAAUGUUUCCUGUAGAUGAUUGCAAUAUAGUUACUACUCAUUUGUUAGAAGCUAUUUAUGCCAGAUUGCAAGCAGAAGCUGACAGCAAAAAAAUGGUUACUGAUAUAAAAGUUAAUAAUCCUGGUGCAGCUUUGGCUAACUCAAUGAGCUUUGUUGACCAAUAUGAUAGUGGUACAUCAGGAUUAACUCCAAUACAAGAAAAGGUAUUCAAGAUACUUCAAACAGAUCAGACAUUAAAUGGAAUGAGCAGAAGUACUUUACUAACUAAUUUUCCUCCCAACCAGCAUAAACAAAUCAAGUAA